UUCCAUCACUACGCCGUGCCAAAGCCCCUCGCACCUUAGCUCAAGUCGCUCGUGCUGCUUCUGCACUGCCCCCCUGCAACCCUAGCGAACACCAGCUAGGGUUUCAGUUUCUUUCUCACGAGCUCCACUUUUUCCACACCUUCGACUUACCAGUUGCAGCCAUGGUCAUCGCGCAUCCCUUGGCCUUCGCCUUUGGCCUGCUAGGAAAUAUCGUGUCGUUCAUGGUGUAUCUCGCUCCUGUGCCAACAUUUUACAGGAUUUUCAAGAAGAAAUCGACCGAAGGAUUUCAGGCUGUUCCUUAUGUGGUGGCUCUCUUCAGUGCGAUGCUGUGGAUCUACUAUGCCCUUCUCAAGUCCAAUGCUUUUCUUCUCAUAACGAUCAACACGGUCGGAUGUGUGAUUGAGUCCAUAUACAUCAUCAUGUUCAUCAUCUAUGCAGCACAGAAAGCCAGGAAUAAGGCAAUCAAGCUACUGCUGGUGCUGAACGUGGGGGUCUUCAGCUUCAUUCUCCUUACCUCUUUCUUCUUCUCAAAGGGCGCCAAGCGUUUGCAGAUUAUGGGUUGGGUCUGUGCUGCCUUUGCAGUGAGCGUGUCAGCAGCCCCUUUGAGCAUCAUGAGGUUGGUCAUACGCACCAAGAGCGUGGAGUACAUGCCUUUCUCCUUGUCCUUCUUUCUCACCCUCAGCUCCGUCAUGUGGUUUGCAUAUGGCAUGUUCAUCAAAGAUCUCUUCGUUGCGCUUCCAAAUGUGCUGGGAUUCAGUUUUGGAACCUCCCAGAUGAUAUUGUACGCAAUCUACAUGAACAAGGGUAAAACCAAUGUUGCAGUUGAUCAGGAGCUGCCACAAGUAACAGCUGUGAAGCCAAGUGCCGUGGGAGGGGCCCCUGAUCAGAUUCAUCCUGUGGACAUCGAACCGGAACUCAGUCGCGGAUCUGCCGUUGAUUCACAGAAGAGGGCAGAGCUUGGUGGUGUUCAAGCAGCUCCAAAUGCGCCUUCACGCAAAGGAGAUGACAUGGUUUAAGCGCACAAAAUCCUUUGGCCUUUGGAUGAAACCGAAUGCGUACGUGAUGGAAAGUGAAGGAAGGAAGAGGGCUAAAAUUAGUCCUCAGCAAGAGUUUCAUAGGAAGCCAAGACUGUAAUUGUCUCUCUGGUUGGUAAAUUAGAGGAUAAAGUUAAGAGGUGGUCUAAUAUCGUGGUCUUGGCUGUCUUUGUCUUGUGUUGCUUGAAAAUAAGCGGGUGUGAGGGUUCUGUCAAGUCCUGUAGUUGGUCGGUCUGGAAUUUGGUACUUGGAAAUUUGGAAAUGAAUGUGCUUGUUUUUUUUUUCUUUAACUUUCUUCUUCUUCUCA